AUGUCAGACCAGGUAUCCAAAGACGCAGCCCUCAUCUACAACUACCACCGCCUCUCCCACACCCCCACGGCCGCCGACGCCAUCUUCUGCCUCUGCAGCCUCGACACCCGCGUCGCCAUCCGCGCCGCGGAUCUCUUCCUUGCCGGCCUCGCCCCCCUGCUCAUCAUCUCUGGUGGCUCCGGCGCCCUCACGGCCAGCCGUUUCGACGAACCGGAGGCGGUCAUCUUCGCCCGCCUCGCCCGCCAGCGCGGCGUCCCGGAGUCAGCCAUCCUCGUCGAGCCGGCCUCGACCAACACGGGUGAGAACGUCCGCUUCACGCACGCCCUCCUGCGCGAGCGGGGGUUCCCACCGCUCAGGUCGCUCAUCUUGGUGCAGAAGCCGUACAUGGAGCGGAGGACGUAUGCGACCUUCUGCAAGCAGUGGCCCGACGAGGGGGUGAGCAUCGUCGUGACGUCCCCGCAGUACGAGUUUGAGGAGUACUUUGACGCGGACAACCCGCGCGAGCUGGUCAUCAGCAUCAUGGUGGGCGAUCUGGAUCGGAUCCGCGAGUAUCCCGCCAAGGGGUUCCAGAUUGAGCAGAAGAUCCCUGAUGAGGUGUGGGAGGCUAGGAAUAGGCUGGUUGCAGCAGGUUAUGAUAAGCAUUUGCCUUGA